AUGUCUCAAUGCCCAACUGCCAGCGCCACUCCCUCCACAGUCUUGGAUUCACAGCCUUCAGGGCUGUUGGGUGCCACCCCCUAUGUUUCCCAGAUUGCAUCUACUGUGUGGCAGAGUCAAGAGCUGCCUCUGUCACAGCUCACUCCCAGGACUCUCAAAAGAAGGUUGGAUCUGGACUCCCAAGAAGAAGGAUCACAGAUAUCCUGUGUGCUUCCCCCCUUGUCCAGGCGUUGGUUAGCAGUGCCCAGCAACAGGGAAGACUUAGAAAAUGGAGGAAGCUCCAUUGUCCCAUCCAUGGCUCCAUUGGAGUCAAGGGAAUCUAUUGUUCCUGCAGCCCUGAAGGGCAGGAGGACAUUGGGGUUCUUCCCCAAGAAGGAAGGCGCUUCCAUUAGUGAGGAGACAAGGGAAACCUCUCGCCAUGAGGUUAUAAAAGAUCUUGUAGAUCAUCUUCUUACUCUGAGGAGUGGGGCAAAUUCCCUUUUGGAGUAUGCCAUGGGAGUCACUGAGUCCCAUGACCUGAGGGAAGGUGAAUGGCAGCCUGAUUGGCAUUGCCAUGUUAUUGUUUGGGCCAGGACCCUCAUCUCAUCAGAGGCCCUGAACCUAUGGAAGUAUAAGGGAGUGCGCCCUCAUGAGCGUCUUCUUGUACUUAGGGAUGAUAAGGGAAGGUUUGCCCCUUUAUCAGCCUAUGAGUAUCUCAAGAAGGAGGCAGAUGCCUGGGAGGCAAGAUAUGGGAACCUUACAGAGGAGUUCUUAUUAGGCCAGUGCCCUGCAGGGUUGAAGGCUAAGACCAAUUGUAAUGAAGAUUUUGCCUAUGCCAUGGAGGCAGAGGAUGCUGAGGGAUUUUUUGGUUGCUUAAAGGAGCGCCAACCUUGUGAUAUGGCCAUGGGGUAUAACAACCUCAAGGCUUUCACUGGUUACUUCUACAGGGACAAGGGUGCCCUUCCUCAGGGUGUAUGUGAACCCAAGGCCCUUAAGAAGGCUACAGUCAACUUGCCACCUGGUGUUCAGGAGUGGGUUGCUUCCAAUAUAUUGGAACGUGACCCUGAAUCUGAUUGUGGUAAGAUCCUUGUUUUGUGGGGGCCCUCAGAAACAGGGAAGUCAGCCCUGGCUUGUUCUUGGGGGCACCAUAUUAGGUUCAGGCAGAACCUCAACUCUGAUGAGUUUAGUGACCAUCCUAUGGUUCAGUAUGCAGUGCUGGAUGAUAUGGAUUGGUCCAAGGUUCCUUUGAAGAUGUGGGUGCAGGAAGACUUCAACUUCCACACUAGUUAUAGAUCAGAGCGCCAUUGCCAAUGGGGGCGUUCUACUGUUAUAUGUUCCAAUUCUAAGCCUUCUGUAUUUGCUGAUUGUAGUUAUGCCACAGUUGAUGGCAAGGAUUGGAUUGACACCAAUUGUACCUUUGUGUAUAUUGGUGAUAAGCUGUAUUAG